GCUCCACCAUUCAAUAAUCCAUACCAUGGCAUCGUCCUCCGCUCCGCCGAUGGUGUUAACUUUCAUCAUUUUAAGCUCAUCCUGUCGCUAGUUUCACCCAUGUUCGGUGACAUGUUCACGUUACCGCAGAACGAAUCAGAACUAGCUGUACCUGUCACCAUGUGACUGAGCCCAGCACAAUCCUCUACCCACUACUUCUGCUUUCUCACCCAUCCGCCGGUGCCGACCCAAUUUUCAACAGUAUCGAUGAUGCGAGCGCGGUGUUGGAAGCAGCCAAGAAGUAUGAGAUGGACGCGAUUAUCUACCGCAUAGGAGAUCUCAUCGCUGCUCAGUUCCUUCCAACACAUUCACUCGGUGUCUAUGCUGUGUCUUGUUUGGCUGGAUUCCGGCAUCAUGCUCGAACAGCCGCUGCCCAGAGCCUUAAGAUCAAGGGUCUAGGACGACCAAGCUCUGGGUUUGCUGGUAUGGGGGCCAUUAGUGCCUUCGAUUACCAUAGGCUCCUCAAAUACCAUUAUGAAUGUGGCAUUGCUGCUCCAGCAGUUGGAAAGUCUCUUGAAUGGCUGCCAUCGACCCCAUACAUCGAGGGCAUGCAGAUGUGGAACUGCGUUACUUGCGGAAGAGGCGCGUUUAGCAGGCUUGCAAUUCAAAUCGCCAGUUGUAGAAAGUUGAUGAUUACCCCGUGGUUUGAAGAGUACCUAGUCAGGAGUAGAAAGGAGUUGGCCGCAAGGCCUUGUGAGCUGACCCCAUCGCAAGUGUCGGCAUCUUACAAUCGUGCCAUUGUCAAAGCACGCGACUGCUUGGCUUGCCAAUUUGUGGCUCACCACGCAUUGAAUACAUUCCGUACCUUCUACAUCAAAGAAGUUAAAAAGGCCAUUGCAAAGGCGAGUUCACUGAGCAUGAUCAAUUUAAAUCUCACCUGAACACCAUAGGUGAAUCUGGUUUCUCGACUUAUCUUGUUGUUACUCUUCUGCCAAACAACAUCCUGGGAUUAUCUAAAAGAGCCUGAGUCAUCAUGUUCCCCGCGGAACCGCAGUAGUCACGGUCAACCUUUGACUCAAGUGAUGUAUGCAUCCGUAGCUAUUCUUGCUAUCAUUUGCAUCCGCUAGUGCGGACUCCCAAAUUUUGAUGUUUAUUGCUGACUCUGCAGCUCCUGCUCGCAAAUUACGUCCUCCACUCCCAAGAUCGAUUGUAACAAGAUGAGUAUCUUCGAUGUC